UCUCUCUCUCUCUCUCUCUCUCUCUCUCUGUCAGCUGGCCUCAGGUGAACUGAAGGAAAACAGAAGCCCCCCUACCUGUGUCCAUCGAAGUCCUCUUAAGUGGAUUGCAGCGAGCAGAGAGAGAGGGAGGGAGAGAGACAGAAGACAGAUUAGAGCUAAUCCAGAGUCUUAUCUUUCCUUCAGCGUGACUCUGCUGCCACACUUUCUGGAUUACAGACCCUCACUUUGUCUCCCCCGGUCCGCCCCCCUUCAGAGGAAACAUCUCCCCCCUGUCCGCCCCCCUUCAGAGGAAACAUCUCCCCCCUGUCCGCCCCCCUUCAGAGGAAACAUCUCCCCGUGUUCACUUCGUCUCAGAGAUCUUUUCAUGGUUAGAGGACGGAGCGGCGGUCGCUGACAGGAUGUGUGCUGGACGGCGUGGUGCCACACAUGGAUAACCCUCUUUAACAGGAGACGGUGCAGGACAGCAGACCCCCCCCCUUCCACGCCAGCCCCCACCCCCUCCACCGCUCUCUCUGCAGGGACAAGAGCAGAACGACUCAUCGGAGAAGUUUGGAUCUUUUCAGCACAAAGGAGUCACAGAGAGGAAGCAGCGUUUGUGGAGGCGGAGCUGCGACUCUCCUGACAUGUCCUCGGAGCUCAGCCCCCCCUGCUGGAUUUAAAGAGACAGUGCACCAUGAGUCUGGGUAAGAUGCCUGCAGGGAUUAAGGGCCUGGUGUCCGGCUCUCAGGGGAAGCGUCGCUUUAAGAGCGAGCUGUCUGUGGACAUGAUCAGCCCGCCGCUCGGGGACUUCAGACACACGAUGCAUGUGGGUCGGGGGGGCGACGUGUUUGGAGACACGUCGUUCCUCAGUAACUUCGGGGGCCCGAGGGAGCCGGGGAGUCCGGACUCCGCCAGCAGCUCCAGGACCACCGGGUUCUUCACCCGCACCUUUAGACACGUCGGGAAGACCUCUGCGCCGAGACCGCGAGGAGGAUCCCGAGACCUGUCAUCCCCGCCGCCGGACGUCUCACCCAUCAUCAAGAACGCCAUCUCCCUCCCCCAGCUCAACAUCGACUCCCCCAACGGCGGAAUGGACAGGGUUCUGUUCCCCAGCUGCACGGACGACUCCUACUACACAUACGGUCUGCAGUCGGGGUUCGUCACUCUGCCCCGCCUCUCUCGCAUCGACCGCCAGUUUCACGACGGAGACGUCCAGAAAACGUCUCUGACUCGCUCAGACUCCCUCACCUCGUUCCACGUCGACCUCGGCCCCUCCCUCAUGACCGAGGUCCUCGGCUUCUUCGACAACCCGAGCUGCCUUCAGAUGGCGGUCCACAGCCAGGACGCCGUCCAGGAGGAGGGGGAGGAGGAGGAGGGGGGGGGGGACAGCAGCUCUCUGAUGGACACGCCCAUGCAGAGCCCCGCUGUGACUCCUCCCAACACCUCCCCGGGUGGCGUCUCAUUCAGGAGGAACAUGACCAGCAGGGGGCGCUCCUCCUGCAGCUCUAACAGGACAGAGAGAGAGGAGGGGGAGGGGGAGGGGGAGGGGGGGGGGGGGAGUUCACAGGGCGCCGGGUCUCCUCCAGAGAACGAGGCGGCGAUGGAGGCGGAGCAGUUCCAGCGGGCGGCGGACGUGUUGUCCCGUCACUACGGAGGAGGAGGAUCCUUCACGAGGGGGCGGAGUCUGAGCAACAACGCCGCCUCUCCUGCUCCCUCCCACAGCCCCAAAACACCCCCCGCCCCCUUCUCUGAGGGGGAGGAGGAGAUCAAGGUGUAGGAGGAGGAGGGGGAGGGGCUUAACAGGAGACGAGACACUUCAUGAACAGAGACGCUGAAGGAGUUUAUGAUUCUUUAAAACGUCCACAGGCGUGGUCACAGGAGCAUCCAAUCAGACUUCAGUCUCUGCAGGAUGUUUGACCUUUGACCCCAGCUCCUCCCCCUCCUGACUCAGAUGAUUAAAUGAUUUUAUAGAUCAAACAAACACUAACCUGCUGCACUAACCACUCUGAACUUUGUGAUAUUGCUCCGCCUGUCAUAACCGCUCUCUGUAACCAUGACGACCAGCAGCAGCAGCAUGAGGAGGUGAGGGUCGUACAGGAUCGAAGAGGGGGGGGGCGGAGCCUGAGAUGAACCCUGUAAAUAACUUUAAUCCUAAAUUCUUUUCGAGCAGAAGUCUACGUGUGUGAAGAAGUCGAGCUGUUCUCAGUGUUAGUCGUGUUUUUAUAUCGAGAUGUGGACGCACAAAUAAAAAACUCCUCUGGUGUGAG